AGGGGUUGGGUUGGAUGUGGACCGGAUCCCGCAGAACCCUGACUCACUCUGUAUGUAUGGGACCGGCUGCCAAGCUUUGUUAGAGCGGAUCUCCUGUGCAGCCGGGACAUGACUCGCUUCCCAGGGCAUUUAAACCUCUGGCUGGGUAAAGCACGGACCAUGUGAGUCCCCAGCUCAUCCGCAUCAUGGUCCAGCGAGAUCGCUGUGACCGGAGACCGCUGGAGCCCUUGGUCAUCGCUGGCCGUGUGUGCUGCGUCCUCCUGCUGUGGACCCUGCAGGUGUCAGGACUCGCCGACUUCUCAGGGUAUCUGACGAAACUCUUGCAGAAUCAUACAGUGUCCGCGUGUGACGGAGACCGCCUGGUCCUUCAGUGCCCGCGUCACUCCACCAUAAGCAUUCAUUCCGCGUUUUAUGGCCGUCCUAUGGAGGGUUACCCGGCGGGCAUCUCUGUAUCUCAAGAGUCCAUGGACAACUCUGACGGGAAGUGCAUGGCGCUGACAGCUUUCCAGAAAGUACUGGAUGAAUGCCAGAACCUAAGAUCCUGCCAACUCCUUGUUAACAGCCGUGUUUUUGGGUCUGACCCAUGUCCGGGUGUCACCAAGUACCUUCGGGUGUCAUAUAAGUGCAAACCUACUGAAUACAAAACUGUAACUACGUGCGAAAAUACCGAACUGAAGCUUCAUUGCAAAGAACCCAAACGGCUCAAUAUCUACUCGGCUGUCUACGGCAGAUUUGCGCAUGAGAAGAAUAUCUGCCCCACGGAAAGCGACCGGAGAACGCCAUUUGACUGCUUAUCCUAUGCUGCUGUGGAGCUGCUGGGACCGAAGUGUUACGGGAAACAGAGAUGCAAAAUGAUAGUCAACGAUAAAACGUUUGGAAGCCCGUGUCUGCCAGGCGUUACUAAACAUCUUACUGUAAAUUAUUCCUGCGUUCCCAAAAUCAUACUGACAGAAGUCGAUCCAUUGAUUUCUAAUCUCAUUCCUUCUUUGAAGCAGAAUGACGGUGAAUAUGAUGUCAAACUUGAUCCUCGUGAAUCCAGACUUCCAAACAGAGAAGACAUUCUUCUCAGCAACCUUCUAGCUGCGUUUUCUUACAUCAGAGAUCACCCGGAAUCAGCCGCUCUGUUUUUUGUAUCAAGUGUAUGCAUCGGGUUAAUCUUCACCCUGUUUGCACUAGUGAUCCGGAUAUCACGGAGGCCAGGAAGACACAAGGCUGAGAAAAUGAACGGUCAUGUCCUAUGCAACGAGGACGGAGCAGACGCUGCAGAUUCCACCAGCGAUGACGAAGACGACGACGACGACGACGACACAAAGUCUCAUUUCUCAAUGGAGUUUAGAGAACUGUGCAGAGCAUCGCAUCCUUCUUAUAAUGCAACAGACGCGGCGGAUCUCGCGGAACGCAUCGAACGCAGGGAACAAAUAAUUCAAGAGAUCUGGAUGAACAGUGGUUUGGACUUACCUCCUAUCAGACAGACAAACCCUUACUUUUAACCUGGGUUUUUUGGGGGGGAACUGGUUAUUGUGCCUUAUUUUACCCUAUGCCUUAGCUGGCAGAACAUAAUUGGAACCUGUAGGUCAACCA